UCGAACAUAGACAAAAUAUUUUCUUUAUACUACCUUCUUGACUCUAAGACUUCAAUUCAACCUGUCACAAUUUGACAUAACAUGUCAUUAUCAUAUUAACAAUCACAACAAAAAAUAUGCAUUAGAAAAAUUAUUUGUGUACAUUUCCAUUUCAUUCCACAUGGUGCCCGAUGUGGUAAAAAGAAAAUAUGGGUACGCUAAUAAAAAAUGGAUGAACAAUUGAUCAGGACAAUUUCAGAAGAAAAUAGUAGCAUAUAUUUGUGUCCAAAAACUGAAGAAAUUGACGUGAGACGAAAUAAUAACAUGGAGGUUACCAACACCGAUCGCCCUCAUUUUUGUGAGGGAAGGUUUGACGAAGAAUCUAUAUUACCUCUGGAAGGCACAGCGGCAUCAACAAUGCAUACUGACGUUGUCACACUUUACAAGAACAAUCUCUGGCGAUCUUCCGCUUUCAGCUAUGAAUUGGAACUUUUGGAAAAUGAAUACUUCCCUUCUUCCGAAAUAGAAAUUCCCGAACGCGAAAUAACGAUUUUAUAUUCUGCAGAAAAUAGAUCCAGUUUUAGUAACAAAAUUUGGUGUUGGGUUAAAGGUUGCUUCUGUUUAAACACUUCGCACUCUCAUCGAUAAUUCGUUGUCAUUUUAGAAAUAAUAAUUUGUUAAUAAAAAUAUUAAACAAUC